ACGACUUAUAUACGGAGGAAAUGGUGAGCGGCCACAAUAUCUUGUACACUUCACAAUUUUAUACAUUAAUGUAAAGAAUUAGAAAGUACUGCACCGAAAGAACAAGAAUCAAGCGAAAAGAAAUCACUUUGGUCUAUACUAGCUCGAGAAGAAGAUAUUGGACGCAUAGAAUAUUGAAGUAUCUUAUAUAGUUGUUGUCAUUCGGUGUUGAAAAUAAUCUCGUCAAUCAACUCUAUAUUGAAAUAAUUCAUAAACCUGUGAUUAUUAAUGAUUUAUUCAAAUGAAAGUUUAAAGUAAUCAAGAAUAGAAAUCUGAUUUUGGUGAAUACUAAAUUCACAUCAUUUCAUUUGUGUGAAUUACUUAUAACAUUUGUGUGUGUAGAAUGUGUGAAAGUACUGAGAUUCCUCGCAGUUUGCAGUGAAUAUUGUUUUUGCGUAGGAAAUAUCAGCCUUAUCAAUUAAUUGUGAAGAUUUUUGUCUCUUCUUUGGGUUGUGUUAAUUGGACCAACUGAAAUAUAAAACUUUACCAAAUAACGUAAUUGUUGAGUGAACACUAGUUGAUAAAUAAUAAUGUCUGAAAUCCAUUUGAUACAGAGCAAAUCAGAAGAUGGUGACAGGGAGAAAAAGGAAUCAACGGAGGUACAAACGCGAAAGAAAUAUCUCAAGAUUCUGGAUUCUCUCUCAUCAAUAUUAAGAUAUGCUGCUAAAACGUUUCAAGAUGAAAUAAGAAAAUUAGAAGAUACUGAGGAGGAGAACGAGGAAUCAGUGGAGGAAACAACGCGAGAGAAAUAUCUUAAAAUUCUAAAACGUCUCGCAAGACUAUCAAUAUUAGCUACAAAAACUCUUCAAGAUGAAAUAAGAAAAUCGGAAGAUGCUGACAAGGAAAAAGAGGAAUCAACGGAGGUGAAAACGCGAAAGAAAUAUCUCAAGAUUAUAAAACAUCUCUCACCUAUAUUACAUAGUGGAAUCGAAACUCUUGACAAUGAAAUAAUACAAAAAACUUUGGAAGAUGCUGACAACGAAAAAGACGAAUCAACGGAGGUACAAACGCAAAAGAAAUAUUUCACUAUUCUAAAACAUCUCUCUCCUGUAUUACGAAUUGGUAUUGAAACGAUUGAAGAAGAAAUAAAUUAUUUAGAAGACGCUGAGGAGAAUGAUGAAUCAACGGAGGUGAAAACGCGAAAGAAAUAUUUCACGAUACUCAAAUGUUUCUCACGUAUAUUACAAAACAGUAUUAAAAUUCUUCAAGAUCGAUUUGCAAAAUCGCAAUAUGUUCAGACAGAGGAAGAGGAAAUGACAGAGUUACAAAGUGGAAAGAAACAUGCCAAGAGUUUUAGAAGUGAUCCAAAUAUAUUUGGAAGUGUUAAUAAAACUGUUCAAGAUCAAUUUGCAAAAUCGCAAAGUGUUCAGAAAGAGGAAGAAGAAUCGACGGAGCGGCAAAGUGGAAAGAAAUAUGCCAAGACUUUUAGAAGUGAUCCAAAUGUAUUUGGAAGUGUUAAUAAAACUGUUCAAGAUCAAUUUACAAAAUCGCAAUUUGUUAAGAGAGAGGAAGAGGAAUCAUCGGAGAUGCAAAUGCGAAAUAAUCAUCUCAAAAUUCUCAGACUACUCUCAAGAGUAUCUAUAUUCGCUAUUCAAACAAUUCAGGAUCACAGAAAAUAUUUAGAAGACUCUGAGAUGGAGAAUGAGGAAUCGACGGAGGUAGAAACGCAAUAGAAAUGUCUAGAUUUCAACAAAAUCUCUCACCUAUAUUACAAAGUCGUAUAAAAAUCUUUCCAGAUCAACUGCAUUGAAUGUUUUUUUCUGUGGUUAUUAACAUGACUAGUUUUAAAACACAACACUGAUAGUUUCUCAUGCAUUUUAAGCUUGUUUAUUUUUAUGAUCAUUGUUUUCUUCGCCUUUAUGUUUCUAUGUAUAUUGAAUUGGAUAGAGUAAGUACGCUUACAAAAAUUCAUUGUUUCAUUAUUAUGGUUCUGUUAAAAUCAGAUAAUGAAUAAAAUUUUGUUUCAGCUUUAAUU